AUGGCUGCAGCGACAGCCAUCAUGCAGUUUUCUCCGAUGGAUUUCCACGACUCGGCAGGAGCAUCGGGCGCCACGACAGGGGCCCCGCCGCCACCGCCGUCAUCGCCGAAAACAAGAGGGGCGCGGUCUGCAAAGAUUUCCUCUCCGGCGCAGCCUAACGUCAGCCCGAAGAUAUCGACGCGCAAUUCUUCGCUCAACAGCUCCCCGGUGCAGCCGCAGACUGAGCUCUUUUCGCCUUCCAGCGACGACGGCACGAACCCCCUCCUAAACUCCGCGACGGCCGCCCUUGCUACCGCCAAGCCGUCGAGGUCUUUUCUCACAACCUCUUCUUCGCCUGUCGCAAGCAUGACUUCUCCUGCUCCGUUGCAGCCAGCAUCGCAGGCUGCCAUCAAACCUCCUCGACCACCGCGAAGAGAGAGCAGCGAUGGAAAGAAGCGCAACGCAAAGGCUCAGUCUUCGGACGCAAGCCGGGUGAGGAGUUUGGAAAUUGCGUCUCUUUCCACCCCCGAACUUCACCUUUCUUCAGAUCCGCUUGGAGGUGCAGAAGAGUACCUGCCCAGGCAACGGCAGCCCUUCUUGGUCAAGGAUCACCGCCAGCAGCACAAUAAAGCUCGAAGUUCAGAGGACCAUGCAAGAGCAGACGCCGGCGAGGUCUCUGGCGGCACGCACUUCUUCUCGAGCUUUGCCGCCGCCAUGAACAUUGUGUCUGACAAGGAGGGUGAUCCAUCACGAACAUCCCGAGACGAAGAGCGGGCUCGUACCCGUGAUCGUAAGCACAGCUCAGCAACUGUCAAGAGGGCGACCGACACGUCUUCCACGAAGCACGCUCCCUCCGAAGCGGAAAGUACGAGCUCGUCUGCGACGUUGGGCAGUGUCGGUGUCGCCUUCCCGCCACGGACUGAGCCAGCAACAAGUGCCGUCGAGGAGGACUCAAGAGCUGGCGGUCGAAGGAGGAGAAAGUCAAGCGACACUUCUUCGCUGAAGAGCGCCUCAAAUUGGUUCCGUAAGCGAAAGCCAAGCAACAACAGCCAACGGAAGCGAGACUCGGGCGAAGUUGCAUCCACAUCGGUACCUUCUACACCGAUUCUGCGCCAUGACGACAGUGAGGAGCUCUCGACGACGGGCUACGCGCCGACCGAAGUUUCGACGGCCACAGCUGGCUCUGGAUCUACUUUCUUCACUCAAACUGGGCUCAGCUCGGCAACUUCCGGCGUCGACGGUGCUGGUGUCACGUCGUCCUCGCCAGCACUGGAGAACAUCAGAACAGCACGCGCCUUCCUAGUUGAAGAGCUGGGGCAGCUCACUCGCUCGGAGAUGGGUCAGGACAGGGGGAGAAUCGCUAGCCUGGCAUGGUACGCGCGAGGCCAAGAGGCCGAGCAGAGGGGCGUGGUGCUCGACGCAAACCGGGAAAUGAUUGAGUUCUGGCGAAGCAUUUCGGAUGGUGUUGUUCUCUCUCUACUCCUCAACAAGCUAAAGCCGAGCAGCAUCACGGUCAUCGACCGAAGAGAUGUGGACUGGGUUAGAGCAGACAACAUUUCGCGAUUCCUUCGAGCGGCCAGGGACAACUUUGGGGUUCGGUCGAAGGAUCUCUUCCACCCUCUUGACCUGACCGACGCCACCUCCGAGGGUCUGGCGAGGGCCGUCCAUACGAUCCUUGCCGUUCAACGUAUCUCGAAAGCCUAUGGUUUGACGGCGACGACUAAAAAGCCGCUGCAGCAAAAUCACCUCGAGACGGACGAUAGCAGUCGUCGCACAUCGCUAACGAUUGAUAAGCGCUCGCCCUCGCCCACGUCCGGCGUUCCUUUCCCAAAGCGAAAUUCAGUGGCCUCAUCGAAUGCACCGCCUUCACCUUCAUCGCCCUCAAAGCGGGAUGGUCGAUUUCACAAACGCAAGAUCUCAGCCCCAGCACCUGCACCUCCUCCUCCCGCGCCUAUGUUCACCCUUCAGCAGCACAGGGAGGAGGCUGAGCGGAUCCUCAUGGCUACAGCCGAGGCGCCUACUGAGCCUUUAUCUGACGAUAGCGGAGCCGUUACGAGCCGUCGGCGCAGGUCGAGUGACCUAGGCAGUGCAGGACAAAACAUGGGCUCGUUGCUCACUUCAACGAGGCCGCGGAGUGGUGCAUCGAUCACGUUCGCUGACUCUGUCAACCCAAGGUCGAGCGACGAGGAAUCGAGGAUGCCCUAUCGCGAUCGAAAGUUGAGCGAGUCCGCAAUCAGCCUUACGGGCGUGGUUGAGGAAGAAAAUGAAGAAGUCAUGGCUUCGCCCGUCGAAUCGCCUUCGAGAACCAAGAAGCAGGUACACGUAUCCCCUCUUACGCCUUCGGCAGGAGAAAAAGAGGUGCUCGAUGACCUGGAGGAGCGGAACGUCACCAAUCAAAAUGGGAAGCUCGCCAUCGAAAUGGCGAUCGCGGCUCAGGCUACGCCCAACAGCCCAUUGUCGACAUCCUUCGUCAAAAGUUCACCCAUGGCGAGAUCAUCUUCGCAGCGAAGGAUCAGUCAGGAACUCAGCUUGGGCAACGGCAGCCCUGCUCGAGCCAUGAGAGGUUCUACAGACAGCCUCGAGGAGUACAAGUUCCCUGCUAUGGGCACCAGUCCAGUCCGUCAGACUCCUGUUCGGCGACACAGCGCACGAGGUGGCGGCACAGGCCCAUCGACGCUGAACCCACAGUCACAGCGUGGGGAUAAAAUGACAGAAAAAGGAGAUUAUUUCUGCUCCGAAGCCAGUCUAUCGGAGUCCGGCUACGGGCCUGUAUCGCAGCCGGCAACGGCAACGGCCACACGCGUGCCCUUCCCCAGAGCACAUUCAAUCGGAGGCGGGCAGGUUGUCCCCUCUCUGUCUAUUGCUUCCUCAUCGUCCAUGGCGAGCUACAGCAAUGGCAGCAACGUGACCGACUAUGCUUCCGGUUCGCCUGGGGGAGGCGGUAGCGCCAGCAACAAGCGCGUAGCUGGCCGUCAUCUCUCACUUUCGGCCACGGCAGGUGCUUCGACGGACUCGGUCAACUCAAUCGGCUCGCCGAACUCGCCUCGAUUUCCAGCCUCUUAUACCCCUCGUCCAGGCCAGGCAUACCGCCAGCAUGCUCGUUACUCCUCCGACUUCAAUCUGCCGCGCUUGGCUGUGUCUCGCUCCAGCGAGUUGUCGUCUGAAGCGCCGUUUGGAGGAGGACCGCCAUCUUCGGCUGCGACACGGACCCGCUUCGACUCCGAGGUUGGUUCGCUGUACACCAACACGCUUGGCAGCCUCACCAACGACGACAUCGGGAGCGGCGGCAGCAGCACUGGAGCAGGAGUCAACCGUCGCGAGUCAAUGACGCCAGCGUCCAAGCACAAGCUCGUGGUGACCGAGGAAGGGAAGCCGAAUGUGACCUACCAAAUGGGCAACUGCAUCGGUCGAGGUCAAUUUGGUUCCGUGUACCGAGCCUUGAAUCUCAACAGCGGUCAGAUGGUGGCUGUCAAGCGCAUCAAGCUCCAAGGACGUUCUGAAGACGAGGUGACACAACUCAUGAACGAGGUCGACCUGCUCAAGAGCCUCACUCACCCCUCUGUCGUCAAGUACGAAGGCCUGGUCAGGGGAACCGAUGCUCUUUCGAUCAUUCUUGAGUACGUCGAAAAUGGAUCGCUGCUUCACACCCUCAAGGCUUUUGGCAAUUUUCCCGAAAGGCUCGUGGCGAGCUACGUCGUCAAGAUUCUGGAGGGCCUCAAUUACCUUCAUGAGAUGAAAGUUGUCCAUUGCGACCUCAAGGCAGCCAACAUUCUGACGACAAAGAACGGUAACGUCAAACUGUCAGACUUUGGUGUCUCGCUCAAUCUCAAGGCAGUCGAGAAUCUGAAGAACGACGCAAUCGGGACACCCAACUGGAUGGCACCCGAAGUCAUCGAGCUCAAGGGCGUGACGCCGGCGGCCGACAUCUGGUCGCUGGGCUGCACCAUCAUCGAGCUGCUUACAGGCAAACCGCCAUAUGGCGACAUGCUGGCCAUGUCUGCCAUGUGGCGCAUCGUCGAAGAUGAUUGUCCACCAUUUCCCGAGAAGAUCUCUCCUACCCUUCGAGGUUUCCUGCAGCUUUGCUUCGACAAAGAUCCGACGAAAAGACCCAGCGCAGAAGAUUUGUUCGAGCACGAAUGGCUCGCGUCGAAUUUCACGGGCCACAAGGAGUUGAGGUCUCAAGAUAGCGUUCCUUUCCUGAGAAGGAUAAGCGCCGAUUUCAGAAAGGUGGACGCCAAGUCGCUUCACAUGGCUAUCAACGAGGCCGUGGCGAGGGAAAAGAACGGAAUGAGUAGCAGCAGCAGCAACAAUACGAGCAACAGCAAUCUCCGCUCCGUGGAUGAACAUGCGACAAUGGGCACGCCAGGAGCCGCAGGCAGCAACAGCAGGCAAGCGAUGGAACGCUCGUCGUCGUCGCCGCCAGAAUCGGACGUGGUCCCAGACGACCUGGAGAGGGCUCACAAGAGACCAGACCUUAUCUCACUGCGUGCCUCUUCGGCGCCCGAUGCCUUUUCGCAGGUCGUAAGGGGGGCGAGUCACAGCGUUGAGGCACUUCCGUCGCCAAUGACCCAGCAAGAACCAAUGAUGGUUACUGUCUCUCCUUCCUCGACGUCCGCUUCGCCACUGGCGCUGGCCACCUCGGCUUCUUCGAUGUCGACGGCAGCCUCGCCGAUGGGCCCGGUCAGCAUGUCGGUCUCCUCGUCGACGGAGACGAACAACAUGCGGAGAGGAAGUGAGGGAGCAGGACCCUCUACAACGUCCUUCGAGUUCGCUCAGUCGCCUAGCGCCGCAGCCACCGCAAAGGCUAUCGGUGCAGCUGAUCCUUCGCUACUGGACCUCAAUGCCAUCGAGUCGUACGACCUAAUGAAUCAGAGCACCAACAAGACGCAUGCCUUUGUCAAGAGCACAUUCAGCAAAGCAGUGCAGUGCAAGAUCUGCAAGGAGCCCGUCAAGAAGCAUGCCGUCCUUUGCGAGGACUGUGGUCUCAUCUGCCAUGCCAGCUGUGCUCGCCGGGCUUCUACGCCGUGCAACCUGCGUGCUCAGCUGCUCCUCUUCGCCUCCGCCGCCUCAAACAACGGCCAGCGGCAUGCCUCGAUUGACUUUGCGCGAGGGGCAAGCCCGGCUCCCUCGCUGGCCCUCAGCAUGAGCGGGGCCUCAUCUCCCUCGCCUGUGCCACCAUCGCCGUUGGCAACGCCACCGUUCGGACCGACCAUGUUCCGAUUCCCUUUUGGGGGCAAGAACAAACGGAACAGUCGAGGAAGUGCCAGCCAUAUCGAGCUUCCCUUGGCCUCGCCAACGACAGCUGCGGCGCCGGGCAGCGUGACACCAACGGCAGCAAGAGACAGUGACGAGAUCCUGCAAACGCCUGCAACGCCGACAGGCAACAACCCUACGAGAGAACAAGCUCCUGCCUCUCGAAGGCGCCGGAUCUCGCUCAUCCCUGGCCGUCGCAAUCGGUCGCCUUCGCCUUCGAUGGACACAGCUCAGACCCUGGCGCUGCAGGAGUCCCUGGGCAGCUCGCGCAGCAUACCGCGACCCUCUGAUUCGACCGGUGGGACAAAGGAGCGACGCUCGGGCUCUUUGAGCUAUGCCAGCGCUAGCGGAGGCUCCGUUAGCAGUGCUUCCAGCGUCUCGGCGAGCCAGCUUCAGCAGCAACCGCACGAUCUGCCCAAGAAGCCUUCCCCCUUGCUCACGAGGAAUCACGGCUCGGGAGCGUCGAAAGGCCACCGGCCACGUCAAAGUUCUGCCGCCGCGGCCGUCAGCACGCCAGCAUUGAACCACCUUCUCGGCCAGGACGAGGACGAGGACGAGGACUCUUCAUCGCAAGACCACCAUGCAAGGGCCUUUAGCGUUGGUGGCUUCAAACGGGGCAUGAGGCGUCUGAGCACCGGAGUUCCCUUUGGUGGCUCACCUCCGGCCACUCAAGGCCCAGCGGCGGGCGCCGUCACGCCCACGCCCACCUCCUGGACGGGAAAAGGGCCCGUCGACAACCUUGCUGAAGGUACAAACACGAGACUACAGCAACAGCAGCAACAGCAUCUUAGCGACCGGAGACGAUCCAAGCGAGUUUCGACAUCGUCAGUCUCUCUAAACAAGAAUGACUGCUCCGUCAUGUAA